UUGUUGGUUUCUAUCAUAGAGCACUACCUCUUUCCAAGCAUAGCGCACACUCCUUCCAUUGGCAGCGGUAUUUGACAAGGUUCAAAAUGAGGCUACUUCAUGUGAAAACCAACGUUAUUGAGGUCUUUCACAGCAGUGACGUCCCAGGCUAUGCUAUACUCUCUCAUACCUGGGGGCCAGACGAAGUCACCUUCCAGGAUUUUUCAUCGUCUCGACGCGAGCAAGCCGGCUGGGCUAAGAUCCGGGGAGCAUGUACAGCCACGAAAGAGCAUGGCCUGGAUUACAUCUGGAUCGAUACCUGUUGCAUCGAUAAGACAUCAUCUUCAGAACUCAGUGAAGCUAUCAACUCCAUGUUUCAAUGGUACAAGGGCGCCGAGAGUCAACAUGACAUCCAUGGGGCGAGAUGGUUCACACGAGGCUGGACUUUGCAAGAGUUGAUCGCAUCGAAAGACAUUGUAUUCUUUUCAAAGAACUGGAAACAGCUUGGAGCCAAACACGAUGUGUACAUGCUGAAAAGCAUCCAGAAGAGAACUACGAUCGACGAAACAAUUCUUUUACAUCCUGAGCUUCUACCAACGGUGAGCGUCGCCCGACGAAUAUCGUGGGCCUCUUCUCGUGAAACGACCAGGCCUGAAGACAUCGCGUACUGUCUCAUGGGGUUGUUUGGAGUCAACAUGCCCCUGCUCUACGGCGAAGGCACAAAUGCCUUCAUCCGACUCCAGGAAGAAAUUCUCAAGGAUUCUGAGGAUGAGUCGAUUUUCAGCUGGAACUGGAAAUCCCAAGGAGGAUAUGCGCAAAAUGGACAGACAACAAGCCAAUAUCGAGGAAUUAUCGGAAGUCUUGCAGACCACCUAUGCACAAGCGAAGGAACCUCAGGCUAG